AUGGAGGCGGUGUUGGACGCGUACUUCGACGAGGUGUUCCCGCGCGUGGCCCGCGACUACCUGCUGGCGCGCCACCGGCGCAAGCAGCUGGCGGACUACUUCGGUCACGUGGUGGCCGGCUGGUGCCGCGCCGGCGUGGGCGACGGCGAGGGCGGCGAAGGGCCCGUGUCGCCGCAGCUGGGGGCGGCGCGCGCCGUGCGGGCGGCCGUGCGCUUCCACCGCCGCACCAAGGCCGACAACGGCGGCUCCGUCUGCCGCAUGGGCAAGUUCCACAACAUCCUCUACGUGGCGGCCCGCAUGUGCGUCGACUGGCGCGUGCAGGACACGGAGGCGGUGUCGGAGCUGCUGGCGGAGAUCUACGCCUGCGAGCGCACCCUGGAGCGGCUGUUCGCGGGAGCGGUGUUCGGCCCCCGGGCGACGCACUUCAUCGCCGGCUGGAAGAGCGACUUCGGCGACGGAGCUGAGGGUCUGGCGUGCACGCAGUACUUCCUGCAACACGCCGCCGCCGCCCGAAUGCAGUUCCCGGACGGGUGCGGCGGCGGGCGACGAGCGGCCGACGUCCCGAUGGCGGAGUACCGGCGCUCCACGGCGCUGGCUGCAGCGCUGCAGCUCUCAUUACACAAACUGCUAAGAAGUACUAACAGCACAACACUGAUAGUAUGGACAACAGCAGCAAAACAAAAAACGACGAACAAAAACACGACAGCGACGAGGACUACCAAAGAUCAUAUUGAUGCGCUCUUGGUUGGUGUGGCGGGGGCUAAAUGGGCGGGGCUUGUGCAAAUGUCCGGGUCUGUCGCUAACGUUUCCUUUCUCGAACAGGAGUCUAAUAAUCAUAUUGGCAUGUGA